AGAGCCGAGCCCAGCGGAGCCAAGCCCAGCAGAGCCGAGCCCAGCGCAGCGGAGCGGCUCGGGGGGCAGCGCACGGCACGGCUCGGCGCGGCUCGGCGCUCAACAUGCGGGCGGCGAGGUUUCGGGUGCUGCUCGCCGUGCCGGUGGUGUCCUUGCUGCUGGUGGUCGUGUCCGGUGACUUCUGUGAUGUGAACCACUGUCAGAAUGGGGGCACCUGCCUGACUGGGAUUAAUGAGGCUCCCUUCUUCUGCAUCUGCCCAGAGGGUUACGUUGGGAUUGACUGCAAUGAGACAGAGAAAGGACCCUGCCACCCCAAUCCUUGCCACAACAAUGGUGAGUGCCAGCUGGUCCCAAACCGGGGCGAUGUCUUCACUGACUACAUCUGCAAGUGCCCUGCGGGGUACGAUGGGGUGCACUGCCAGAACAACAAGAAUGAGUGCUCCUCCAGACCUUGCAAAAAUGGAGGCACGUGCCUGGACCUGGAUGGUGACUACACCUGCAAGUGUCCUUCUCCAUUCUUGGGGAAGACCUGUCAUGUCCGCUGUGCUGUUCUCCUGGGCAUGGAAGGAGGAGCCAUCUCUGACGCCCAGCUCUCAGCAUCCUCUGUGUACUACGGCUUCCUUGGCCUCCAGCGCUGGGGGCCAGAGCUUGCCCGCCUCAACAACCAUGGCAUUGUCAAUGCCUGGACCUCCAGCAACUACGACAAGAACCCCUGGAUCCAGGUGAACCUGCUGCGGAAGAUGCGGCUGAGCGGGAUCAUCACGCAGGGCGCGCGCCGCGUGGGGCAGCAGGAGUUUGUGCGCGCCUACAAAGUCGCCUACAGCCUGGACGGGCGGGAGUUCACCUUCUUCAAGGAUGAGAAGCUGAAUCUAGACAAGGUUUUUGAGGGGAACACGGACUAUGGCACCAUGCAGACCAACAUGUUCAACCCUCCCAUCACGGCGCAGUUCAUCCGCAUCUACCCCGUGAUGUGCCGCCGUGCCUGCACGCUGCGCUUCGAGCUCAUCGGCUGCGAGAUGAACGUGUAUUUCAACACGGCAGGUUGCUCGGAGCCUCUGGGCAUGAAAUCCCGCCUCAUCUCCGACAAGCAGAUCACAGCCUCCAGCGUCUUCAAGACCUGGGGCAUCGAUGCCUUUACCUGGCACCCUCAUUACGCUCGCCUGGACAUGACCGGCAAAACCAACGCCUGGACAGCCCAGCACAACGACCAGUCCGAGUGGCUGCAGAUUGACCUCCGGGACCAGAAGAAGGUGACAGGCAUCAUCACACAGGGAGCCCGUGACUUUGGGCAUAUCCAGUAUGUGGCAGCCUACAAGGUGGCCUACAGUGACAACGGCACGUCCUGGACCCUGUACCGGGACCCCCAGACCAACAGCACCAAGAUCUUCCAUGGCAACAGUGACAACUACUCACACAAGAAGAACGUGUUUGAUGCGCCCUUCUACGCCCGCUAUGUCCGCAUCCUGCCCGUGGCCUGGAACAACCGCAUCACCCUGCGCGUGGAGCUGCUGGGCUGCGAUGAGUAGGCACGGGGAGGAAGGACGGGGCUGCUCUUCCCCGCUGCCCAGCCUGCACCCUGCCUGCCCCUGCCCGCUCCUGCUCUGACCUCACACCCCCCUUCCCGUGUCCCCACACUCAGGAGGCGGCCAAGAGGGCUCCCCUGCCCCGGGUUGGUGCUGGGGCUGCAGCACUGCGUUUUAUGGGGCCCUUGCAGGUGGGAUGUGGGGACGGUUCCUGCCCUCUUGCUGUUCCAGCCAGGGCUGAGACCCCCUCCUGCAACUUUCUUGGGGACACCAUCCUGCAAAUGAGGCCUUGCUGGGGGACUCUGUCCUGCAACCAGGGCUUGGCUUUAUCUUCUCUGCUAAGCCUGGAGACGAAUUUUCUCCUUGCUUCUGCUUCCAGCAAGCCAGGGGAGCCUGCCCUAAGACCUUGAAAACUGCUGAGCCCCAAGACACAGUUAAGGCAGGGGACUGCCACUGGCUGCAGCCUCCUAUGUCCCUCCUGCUCCCUGCUUGACUGCAAGCAGGGGCUGUGAAAAUCCUCUGAAAAAACUCAGCUGUUGUCCCCUGCCCAUUUUGCCAGGCCCUGAGUCUCCUUGCCUGCGAUGUCAGCACCACAUAGUGGGAGUGGAGUGAUGAGAUGGCUCCUGUCAAGAGGCACCAGGUCCCCACUGAUGGUGCCUCUACCUGCUGGGCACUCUGGCAGGCACCACAGCGAGCAUUUUGGCAGGCACUGCCCAUUCCCCUUCCUGGGAUGCCAGCUCCAGCAGCUUCUCAAGUCUUAACAUUCCUGUCAUCCCCAUCUUACUGCAGUUUGGGGUACUUGGCCGUCCCUUGUUCUCAGAGCCCAGUGGUGACCAGGGGAACUACGAUCUGAUAGUGGGGAGAGUUGGUUUGUAGCCACAAAGAUGUGGAGAAAAGAUGGGAAAGGUUAGACCACUCAAAUGCAGAGGGCAGAGAGCCGUGCCAUCACCCUUUUUGUAACCUGAUUUUUUUCCCUUUACAUGGGGUGGAGAGGGGAGCCUCUUGCAAUGCUGGAGCCCUCAGGAUUAGCUGUAGGAGAUGAGUGAGUCCCAGCUGGGAGCACAGUCCUGGGCUGGCAGCGAUGCUUCCCCUGCCUGCUGGGAUGUGAAGCAGCCAUGGGGCUGGGCUGGCAGUGGGUUUGCUUUGGCAAGGGCUGAGGGAGCCCGGGUGGGAUGGCAGUGAUGGCCCCACUCUGGGGUGUCUCUGACAGUAUUAAAACCAGCUGAAACUUUG